AUGCACCCACUCAUCGUCCCCAUGCGCCGAGACGCUCUUGUGGCAGCCAUCCUGUAUAGUUCUGUUGUUUUGGGGGCUUCAGAUGCCUCGGUCACGGCCUUUGAUGUUCUCGAUUAUGUCGAUCCGCUGAUCGGAACUGCAAAUGGAGGCCAUGUGUUCCCGGGUGCCACUCUGCCUUUUGGCAUGGCUAAGGCCGUCGCCGAUACGAUCGGUGAGAACCAAGCGGGCUUUGCGUUUGAUACCACACUCGUCACGGGCUUCUCACACAUGCAUGAUUCGGGCACGGGUGGGUCUCCGUCUCUGGGAAACUUCCCCAUAUUUGCUCAGCCUUUUUGUCCAAACGACGAUAUCAACCAAUGCAAAUGGCAGCAGAACGACCGGGCCAUCGUGUGGAAUCGAAACUCGGUCAAAGCGUACCCCGGAUAUUUUGGUAUCUCAUUGCAAAACGGGGUUCAGGCAGAAAUGACCACAACCAACCGAUCGGCCCUGUAUCGCUUCACCUUUGAUGGAACCUCCUCGGAAUCGCUUAGUCCGGUGGUUCUGGUGGACUUGAUGGACUUGCCCCAAUCACGAACGAACGGGAGAGCAGAUGUGAACCAUGCCACAGGCCGACUGAGCGGAAAUGGCACUUUCAGCCCGAGCUUUGGCAUUGGUAGCUACGACCUACAUUUUUGUGUCGAUUUCAAGGGUGCUCAGCUCCGCGAUACCGGAACCUGGGUUAAAAAUCGUGCAAACAUUACCCAGAAAACGGUGAAUCUUGAAGCAGACGGAACAAACUCGGCAGAUACCCUCUCGGCUGGCACCUUUGCUCGCUUCCAACCCCCUGAAAACAACACCAUUCUGGCUCGAGUCGGAGUGAGCUUCAUGAGCGUCAAUCAGGCCUGUGCCAACGCGGAGAGGGAACAACCCGACUUUGACUUCGAAGGCACCGUCGCUGCAGCCCAGGCUGCGUGGAAAAAGAAACUGGACAUCAUCACCAUCGACGCGGAUGGAGUCUCUGACGAUCUGCAAACGGUUUUCUGGAGUGGAGCGUACCGAGCGAUGAUUAGUCCUCAGGACUAUACCGGCGAGAACCCACUGUGGAAAAGCGAUGAGCCGUACUAUGAUAGUUACUACUGUAUCUGGGAUUCGUAUCGAAGCAUUCAUCCACUUCUAACUCUAGUGGAUCCCCUUUCGCAGUCGCUGAUGGUACGCAGCCUCCUCGACAUUUAUCGCCACGAGGGCUAUCUGCCUGACUGCCGCAUGUCACUCUGCAAAGGCUACACUCAGGGAGGCUCUAAUGCCGAUGUUCUCAUGGCAGAUGCAUAUUUGAAGAAGGUUCAAGGCAUUGAUUGGGAUACCGCCUACGAGGCUGUCGUGAAAGAUGCCGAGGUGGAGCCUGCAAAUUGGAAUGUCGAGGGACGCGGUGGCCUACACAGCUGGAAAAAUCUAGGAUAUAUUCCAACCGACGACUACGAUCCCUAUGGCGUCGGCACGCAUACUCGUAGUGUUUCGCGAACGGUUGAGUACGCCUACAACGAUUUCUGCAUUGCAGAGAUGGCACAGGGAAUGGGAAAGAAAGAUGACUACGCAAAAUACAUCACGCGCUCUGGAAAUUGGGCCCACAUGUUCAAAGCGGAUCAAAAAUCCAGUAUCAACGGUGUCAACACCAACUUCACGGGAUUUUUACAGCCUCGCUAUACAAACGGUACCUGGGGCUACCAGGAUCCGAUUUUCUGUAGCCCACUGCUGAACUUCACUUCCUGCUACCUUAACCCCACUGGGCACGAAACAUAUGAGGGUAGCUCUUGGCUCUAUACUUUCUAUGCUCCACACGACAUGGGCUCACUAAUUCAGACUCUUGGAGGCCCGGAGCAGUUUACGGCUCGUCUCCAGUUCCUCCACGAGUCCGGGCUCCUUUACGUCGGUGACGAACAAGCCUUUCUGACCGUUUUUCAAUUCCAUUAUUCUGGCCGACCCGCUUUGUCUGCCAAGUACAGUCACUCCUAUAUCCCGUCCCAGUUCAACACUACAACUGCUGGUAUCGCAGGAAAUGAUGACAGUGGCGCAAUGGGCUCAUUCGUGGUGCUGAGCAUGAUGGGAUUGUGGCCUGUCCCUGGUCAGGACGUCUAUCUGAUUACCCCACCGUACUUCAAAGAAUUGAGCCUUAAGAAUAGUGUCACGGGCAAGACCGCUACAAUUCGCAACAGCAAUUUUGAUCCCAACUACAAGUCAAUCUAUAUUCAAAGCGUGAAAUUGAAUGGUAAGAGCUGGACGAAGAAUUGGCUUACUCAUGAUUUCUUUACUGAGGGAGGUGUUCUUGAACUGGAGCUCGGCUCGACUGAGAGCAAGUGGGGUACUGCGUUGGAGGAUCUACCUCCCAGUCUUGGUAACUAUCAUAAUUAG